CUUAAUAGCCCUUUCACUAUCAUUUUCUCCACUACCUUUCUUGUGAUUUUCUCUCUAGAAGAACGAAGCGUGUAAAGGAUAUAUAUUUAUUAUACCACAAACUUGUUGCUUUCGUCUUCGUUUUGUAAAGUUUUAUCUUUGCUUUAUCCAAUUAUUUCAAAGCAGCAGAAGGAAAUGUCCGGCGUGCCCGCCAACGGUGACGUUUCAUCGUCGCUUUCAUCUGUAAUCGCAUCCAAGGGAGAAGAAGCAGUGAAAGAAACACAGAAUCAAGAAAAACAAAAGCAAGAAGGAAUCAAGGAUUGCAUGUACAAGACUAAGGCAAUUCAGUUCUUAGGUCGUACUACGCCUAUUAUUCUCCAAAACGACAAUGGACCUUGCCCUCUCCUCGCCAUCUGUAAUGUUCUCCUUUUAAGGAACAAUCUGAACCUGAGUCCGGAUGUAGCAGAAGUUUCACAGGAGAAAUUGCUUUCACUGGUGGCCGAGCGACUCAUCGAUUCCAACAGUAACGUCAAUAAUACAGAUGCAGGGUUUGUUGAAAAUCAACAGCAGAAUAUUGCAGAUGCAAUUGAUUUACUUCCACACCUUGCUACAGGGAUUGAUGUAAAUAUUAAAUUCAGGAGAAUAGAUGAUUUUGAGUUCACUCCAGAGUGUGCCAUAUUUGAUCUGCUUGAUAUUCCCCUCUAUCAUGGUUGGAUAGUUGAUCUCCAGGACUAUGAAACUGCUAGUGCUAUUGGCUCAAAAUCCUACAAUGCUAUUAUGGAGGAGCUUGUUGCUCUGGAAACACGAAAUUUGGAGGUAUCACACGAAAAUGGUUCUGAAGAUUGUGUGGAUUUUGCUGCUGCUACUACUGCCGCUCUAGGAGUUCCCUCUCCUAACCUGUCAAAAACCAGAUCUUUUGAUGAGUCUCCCCGCUCUGCCUCAGGUCAGCAAACAUUUAGGAAAGGGGACAUUGAAGAGGAAGCAGAGCUAUUAAGAUUCUUGAAAUUAUCAGAGGCUGAAUCACCAGCCUCUGUUGGUGGUUCUGGCAGUUUAGAUGAAAAAUCAUCUUCAGAUAACCUCGGUUCUGCUGAUUCACAAGAGGGGGACAGUGGUGUUGGAAACAAGAGCAUGCACCAGCAUGAACCAUCCUUUUCGGAUAAUUGUACUUCCUUAGGCAAUGGUAGUUCUAGUAAAGCAUGUUUUGAGACCCUCAGAGGGGAGACGACCCCAAAGACCGAUGGGAGUAAUCAGAAUUCAUCUUACGUUAAAUCCGGAGAAGUUAGACUUUCUGAUGAUGCAGUUGAGAAGAACAAUAAUGUUGAGAAAAUGGUUAAGGGGAGUAGUGUUGAUGAUUUGCUCCAGAUUGAAGGUGUAAUUCCCAUUUCUCUUGCAAAGGAUGCUGCAAUUAUAGAUGGAAACAAUGCGGAAAUUUCACAAGGGGGUGAAAAGAUUGAGAUUCAAUCUAGUUCUGCAUCCGGUGCUCAUGACAUUCUGGAUAAUGUCAAUGGUUGUAACUCGAUGGAAGUAUCAUCUAUCUCCUUACAAAAAGCUGGUUCAGACUCGUCUAGUGACAGAAUGCAUGAUGUUGUUUUGCCAGAAGCUUUUAGUUCUAGUCUUGAUGGAAGUGAGCCUAUAUAUGAAGGAGAAGAAUGCAUAUUAGAUUCAGUAACAACAUAUGAGAACCGGGAACCUAUUUAUGAAGGUGAAGUUGUUCUUGCAAAACAAUCUGACAACUAUGCUGUAGAGGGGUGCCAUGCGAGGUCCAAAGAAGAAAUUACUCCACGACAAGGUGAACUGAUUGCAAACUUCCUGAAGAAUAAUGCCAAUCAAUUGACCUUUUAUGGGCUUUUUUGCUUACAAGAUGGUCUUAAAGAACGUGAGCUUUGUGUUUUCUUUCGUAACAAUCAUUUCAGCACCAUGUUUAAGUACGAUGGUGAACUCUAUCUUUUAGCUACUGAUCAAGGCUAUCUGAACCAACCGGAUUUGGUUUGGGAGAAACUGAAUGAGGUCAAUGGGGACACACUUUUUAUGACUGGCAACUUCAAUGAAUUCAAGGUGGAUAGUCAUGCCACCGGAACUGAUGACUACAAUGAUGGCUCAUCCCAUGCAGGACCAGAUGAAAUCUCGGAUUUACAGCUUGCACUAGCUUUACAGCAAGAAGAGUAUGAUCAACAGUCACAGCGUCAGAAUGUGCAGCAACCACCCGCUGUUGGUGCAUCCAGAUUAGUGACAGGUCCAAAGGUGUCGCAAAACAGUGGAAGGGGCUCUUCAUCUUCGUCGUCGAGGCAAGAGACAAAAUCGAAAGAGAAGUGUAUUGUGAUGUGAGUUUCAGGUUUAUCACAUUUGGCAAGUCUCUGUUCUGUAAAUAGUGGUUGUAGUUCUGUAUUUUGACACCAAACAAAACCCUGAUUUUA